AUGGCUGUACUUCUGCUUUCCAGAAGUACACUGAAAUGUCAUUUUCUCUUAUCACAUUUAUCAUUGAAAAGAACUGCAUACGAAGCCCAGACAUGUCACAGAUCAUUUACUGUAAUUAGGAGUCGAAAUGGUACUAAAGGAUUGUUUAAUUCUGUCAAGCAGCGACAUCUGCAGUGGAUUCAAACGGUAGGUUGCUUUAAAAAAAUU